AUGGAAAAACGUUCGGCGCUAUCAAGACAUAUAAAGAGACUGCUGUUGUGGUUGAAGAAGAGAAGCAAGCUCGUAGCUGCUGCUGCGGCAGUUUUAUUAUUUUGCAUUACACUCAUAGUAAUUAUAGUGGAGACUUGUCAGAAACGUGCCACAGAAAGUGUAGAAUCGAAAGUUACUGCGACGGUAGAAUUUGAAAAUAUGACAACAAUCCCUAACUUGGAAAACUUCAAAGGUGACGCUUCAACUGGUUGUUUCCUGGACAUCGUCUGUGAUCACAAAUGUACUAUUACUUGUAAUACAAAUUUUGGUGUGGAUUCUAUUAACUCGCUGAACCUAUCGGCUUGCACAGUAGAUGAAAUUAUCUUACAGUUACAAGACGUUUCCUUUACCGAAAAAACAGUCAGCGAAGGAUGGCUGAGUGGUUUAUCCAGAGAUGUGGGAGAGUUGACGAUAUCUUCUGAAUAUGUUUCAGAAUUGGGAGAAGCCGCCUUUUCAGGGACACCUUUUGAAAGCCUGAACUCUCUAACCAUCGAAAAGUCCAAAAUAAGGUACCUCAGAAAGGAUUCAUUGAAGGGAUCAAAAAUAGCAAUCUUUCAAUUUCGGUCCAGUGGAGGAAAUUUCCACGUCGAAUUCAACGUUUUAGAACACAUUUCCGAUUAUUUGACUAUUUUACAAUUCUCUGAAUGCCUGCAUGAUUCUGAAGGUAUCAAGAAUAUGACAGGAACUGGAGUGUCUCAGUUCAACAAGCUUACGAUGAUCGAUUUAAGAUACAACACGUUCAAUACGGUUUUAAAUAAGUCUUUCGUGGAUGCUCCCCGUGUGUUAUCUCUCUUCUUAUCUGAAAAUAAUAUAAACUUAACGGAAGUAGACGCUUUCUACGGAAUCGGCACCUCGCUUCAGCUCUUAGAUUUGAAAAACAACAAACUGAAAACCUUGCCCGACGGGAUCUUUACAGACUUUAGAUUAAACGGGUGGUCGAACGGGACAAUAGAUAUACAGGGCAAUUUUUGGCAAUGCGACUGCGAUUUACUUUGGUUUAAAAAUUUUUACAUCAAAAACAUUAUACAGUACUUCCAGGACGGUAACAUAUCUUUUACUUGUACAGAAGGCGACUACUUAGAAGUUGAAUUUUGUCCCAGUCCCGUAACUUCAGAUCCAACAGCAGUAACUUCAUCAGCUACAGAAACGGUACCGACGUUGGAACCGUCAACAGAGAGACCCAGUGAAUUCGUGUAUUUAAACUGUACCAAUCUCACCAACUAUCAAGAAGAACUCAAUGGUCUAAACAGGAUCUACAGCCAUACAGUUCAAGUAAGAAACGGUACGAUCACUUACAAUUUCUUCCAGAUCCAACAAACUCCCAACUUCGAAAUAAAGCUGCUGAACAACGUAGGAAACGACUAUCUAAUAUGGAUCAACAGCAAAAACUCUAGCGAUUAUGGUUGCGUGAGCAACAUCCAAGAAACAGUGGUGCUGAACAGUCUACACUAUGGAACGACUUACACUAUAUGUCUUCUGAAAGAAUUCGCGGAUAUGGUGACUCCUUUUGAUUGCACGUCGCUUACGGUCCCUUUGGAAUGGGAAUACUCCCCUUGGAUCAUCAAUAAGUAUAUGCCCGCAGUCAUAGGAGGCGUCUUAGGUGUCACAUUGGCCAUAAUCAUAGUGACUUCCGUUAUAAUGUUCUACACCAUAAGGCAGAACCCAAAGCUCAUAAAAGGUAACAAGAGAGUUGUGAUAGUAAGGAACAAGUCGGCAGACGCCCUGGUGAUGCCAAACUACGAAAAACAAAGGUAUGUUCCUCCAUCGAUUUACACCAACAGCGAGGGGUAUUUGACACCUAGACAUAAGAUGUACGAGAGGAUAAACGAGAGGAGGUUCCGACCAUUGAACACCAUUACGGAGAAGUUUUAUCAGGAUUUCCACGGAACUACGUCAAGGCAUUCCAGGAGUAGCUACACUGGUUUCCUUCCCAGACGAUCUGUAGGCAGUGAAGUGUAUGAACCACCGCCACUACCACCAAACCAUCCCUCUGAGAGACCAUGCAGUAGUCGCCAGUCUAUGAUUUAUAGAAACUAG